CGCUCUUUUCACGCCGCCUCCUCCUCCGCCGAUCUUCAUAGAUCCACCACCACUGCCACGAGAUCCAGAGGCUUCAUCGCUGAGAUGAACUCUGCUCCAUUGAUGCUCCGUCUCGCGAGGGAGGUUGGUGUAUCAGAGCACCAAAGAAGAGGGCCAGUGGACCCAAAUGUCCUGUUACUGGAAAGAGAAUCCAAGGGGUUUAUUUCAUAA